AUGUCGCAAUCCGUUGAUGCCGAGCCGCAAAUGGGUGAGAUGGACUGGGAAGAACUCCCCCAAAACCAGGGUCUGCCGGGAGGAAUUUCGGAUGAGACACCAGCAUGUCAGCUCUGCCGCAAAAAAAAGGCAAAGUGCUCCAGACAACAACCAUGCACUCAGUGCCUCAAGUCAGGUGUGGAUUGCGUGUAUGAAGACAAACGAUCCAAAGGCGGCGUCAAGAUUGGCGUCAUAGAGCGUCUGAGCCAUCGACUUGACACACUUGAGAACAUGUUUCUCGGUCAGAGUAUUUUGAUGCAGCAGUUCAUGAAAGGCCAAAGUUCCAUUAAAUAUGGCUCUUGCCUCCAAGGCUUUGCCUCUACCGACUUCGCUGCCUCUACCGAUAGAGUGAAGCAAGCCCUGUCCGAGGUCGUAGCUUCGAUUGGAAGCACAGAAAAUGACGCGACUGAGACUACUGAAGCGCCCUCAGCGAGAAAAAAGCGAGCUAACAAAGAGGAUUCCGAGACUUCCAAUGAUCCUCCGCAGAAGAGGACGCGCACCUCGACGAUUGCUGUGUAUCCGACGCCGCAGUUUGCGCCUGUCGAGACGAUACUGGAAGUCUAUUUCAAGUUGAUUCAUCCUUGGAUACCAGUAUUGCAUCCCGCUACAUUUCUGCGAAGAGCGCGGGAACCCGAACGAUUACCGGGGAUCACUCUAGUCUUGCAGGCCAUCACUGCUAUGGCUUUGCCAUAUACCGGUGUAUCACCGGAGACUGCGCAGGCCGAAGAAAUGGACAGCCACCUUUCGCGUCUGCGCCACGAGAUUAUUAUCUCGGCUAUAGAGAGCAGCUCAAAGGAGGCUGUGCAAGCUCUGAUACUUGUCGCUUUUGAUACCAUCAAGCGAGGCGUGAGCCGCUCACCAUGGUCUUUAGUCUCUAUUAUAUGUCGCAAAAUUGAGGGGCUGCAACUUACUUCAGAAGAAAAGAGUGAGGACAGCCAUCUGUCUGCAUUCUUCUCACAACCCACGGAGCCACUUGAGCCGCCAACUGCGUGGGUGGAAGUCGAAGAGCGACGUCGGGUAUUUUGGGGAGCGUUCCUCCUGGACAGAUUCUGUAGCAUUGCGACCGGAUCAAGCCCCAACAUCUCCAGCAAAAGUAUACAGAGACGCUUGCCCUGUGACGGGUGCAUGUGGGAGCUCGAUCAAUGCGUGGAGACGUCCUUUUUCAAAAUCCACGAGCAAGUCGAAGACGACAUGGAGGUUGCGGCCGAAACUGAUGACGCGCCUUUCCCCCCAGCGUACAACGACUCUGAAGGACCAAGUGGAAUUGGUGGCCUGGCCUAUACAAUUGAAGCCACAGAAUCGCUUUACCUGGUCACCAAGUUUCACGAACGGCAUCCUCUUGAGCCAGACAGCUCUUCGCAGCUCUCGAAUUGGCUACACAAAUUUCGACAGCUCGAUUCAAGACUCCUCCAGUGGGAGCUGUGUUUGACGCACCGCUGGCGGGAAGUGCGCGUAAUAGAUGGCUACAUCGAUCCAAACUUGACGAUUGCGCACAUGACACACAACGCUGCCAUCAUAAGCCUCCACAGUCGCCUUGCGCAGCCGCCACGCCAAGCGCGAGCGUGGUUGUCUUCGCUUGUGUCCGGCGCGUCCAAGGAAGCCUGCGUAAUGGCCUCCAUUAAAAUCGAUCGCAUUGCACGGCGCUUUUUGGAUGCAAGUUUUGGAAUCCCACCGCACCAGUUUGCACUUUGCUUGUACAUUGCCGCCAAGGUACUGCUUCACUGGAAUACUACUAGGCUGUCUGAAACCACCACAUCCCUCAUUGCACUGCUCCAGGAGGUGUCCAACCGAAUUUCCAACAAAAAGGACAAUGGAGCGCAUCACGAUACGGAAGAUCCGGCAAUGAGGCUUCGGAAGGCGCUCAUUGCACAGAGAGAGUCCGACGAAGGUAGCGGAGCCAAGGUCGCGGCGACGGGCGCUACGCCAGGGGCAGAGCUGGCAGCCUCCAACGAGCAGACCCUGAUGAACAUGGUGGACUUUUCCGCCAUGUUGCAGCAUUUCUCCACAUCGCCCUCGAGCGGAGGCAGCGUGUUUGGCAUGAACUUUCUGGAUCAGGAGUCACCGGUCGAAUUUGAUCGGAAUCUGCUGACGGAUGGCCAGCCGCCAAUGCUGCAAAGCCCGAGAGCAGACCAGAGCCAGCUUGAGAGCGACGCCGCGGAAGCGGGCGCGCAGGAAGCGGUGGAGUUUGAUUUUAUGGCGGAGCUGCGAAAGCUCGAGUCGAGGGCGCGUGAGCAUGGGAGGCGGCUGCGCGGACAGCCUGAUCAGAGCCAGUCCAAGUAG